GCCCCGUCCUGCCUCUUGAGCCCCACGCCCCGGGAGCCAUCUCCGACUCUCACGCAACAUGAGGCCUUUUGAUAUAAGUCCUGGAGUGCUCCCCGUACCGUCCCACGACCGCUUCUGCUCUGACCCCUCCUCCCCACAUCUCCAUUCACACAAUCAGACCGCAACGUUGAACGUUCAUUCCUCUUCACUUCUUAACUUUUCAACACAUAGCCAGCCCAGACAUCCACAACCAUGUCGUCAAGUCAUAGAAGACAAGGCUCGAGCCAGAGCACUUCCAGUGGCCACUCUCACCAGCAGAGCCACGACUCGUUCGAGUCCCACCUCACUCACUCUACCGCCCCUACUUCGCUCUAUUCCACUCAGGACCACUACUUCUCAGACCACAAGGCUAUGGGCACGUCGACAAGGCCGGAGGAAGACCUGUAUACUCCCUCUUCUUACCACCACUCGCAACCCAAGCCAUAUGUCUACCAGGACGAUGUCAGCCCAGCCACUUCGCUCUACCCCCGUUCCUCGGUAGAGACCUACGCCUCCACGACAGCCUCAUCCCAGGAUCUCGACGCCAUGGACCUUGAUGACGAAUCACCCGUGGUGCAGGCCGAGGACACCAGCAUCCCGCCGCUCCCCACGUACCGCCGUGAACUUGUGGAACCCAACGUCCGGGCAACCACCCCUCAGGAUUUCGCCAAGCUCUUCCCCUCGCUCAACCGCCUCUCCAUCCGUCACGAUGAAUACACGUCGGACGGGAACAUGAACUUGCGCAUCGACACUGUCGUCACUGGCCGCAGAAGAACCGUCUAUCAACUCUUCCAUCUGCGCAUGUACGACUUGGCCAAGCGCGAAUUCUCUCUGCGCCGGUACUGCCGUGACUCCGGGCGCGAGGUCUGCAACUCGAAGCGCAAGUACGCCGAGUCGUCAACGGCGGCCAAGGCCAAGUCUAGGGCUGCCUCCAGGGAUGAUGUCAACAAGAGCCACCACCACGAUCGCCCCAACUUGAAGCGCUCAAUGUCGACGGCCAUCAAGACGCUCAGUGCUGCGACCAAGUCCAAGCCCGUCCUCCGGCGCACACCAACGUCUGGUGCUGCAUCUAUUUGCUCCAGCCGACCCAACACCAGCGACUCGUGCUACGGUGACGAUGAGUUGUGCAACCACAGCAACUCUUCGCGCAUGUCUCUCAGUUCCAAGGGCAAGACACACCGUGCCAUUCCCACCAACACCAUCAAGCUUGAAUUCAGCAACUAUGCCCGUGUUGAUGUGCACCGCCGCGGUGGUAAGAACAACAAGCGGUACGAGUUUGAGUGGUGGGGUCACAACUAUGCCUGGAAGCGUUCUGUCGACAAACAGAUGGGGGGUCAAGUUUCAUUCCACCUCAUCCGCGACGGAAACCUCAGCGCCCCGGUCGCCCACAUUGUUCCCGAGACUCGAUCGCCCGCUCAGGUUGAUGCCGACGAGCGCGCUGGCGGGUGGGUUCCCCCAUGCUUCAUGUGGAUCGCUGAUGAGACAAUCAUUGAUGCUGUCACCGAUGUUGCUGAUGUUAUCAUGGCUUCUGGCCUCAUGGCUCUUGUCGACGAUUGCAUCAAGGAGAAGUGGCAGACCUCCAGGAAGGUCCAUCGCAUCCCCGUGCCAUUGACCCACAAGACCGUCAGCCUUCCUAGUAUUGACGCCAGCCCACGAUCCAUCAUGCAGCACGUGUUCGGUCGGCGGCACUCGCAAACUCAGUCUCACCAACCUACCCCGAUGCGGCUUGAUCAACCCAUAGCAGCCUGCUAAACAAUGUUUUUCACUUCACCAAUGGUUAUUGCGGUCCUCACCGGUUCAAUCUCCUUUGUCAGUAUCAACGAUAAACUUUGCGAUUCACAUCGGCUUUCUUUUAUUGUUUUACGUUCAACAUUUUCUUACGCGUUACGAUAUUGAGCAGUUCUGGCGUUAUCACAAUUGAUUUUUACCUACGAUUUAUCAUGAAAAGCGGGAGGAUCAAGCAUUGCGUUUCAAUUUUUUUUUCUUUUUUUUUUAUGUCUUUCGAGAAGAGUCUGGAAACCCAGAUUACCUGCAUAUGCGCGGUGUUCAUUUUUCUUCAAUUUUCUUCAAUUUCUUUUUCUCGUUCUGUGGUGGCUCGAGUCAGAUGACGUGAGCGACGUAUUGCCAUGGGCUGGCUUUCUUGCUUUUCUAUCUUACGAUCUUAUGGUUAUGACAUUAGGAAUCAGCAUCGCAUUUUACUUUCGUUCAACAUUUAGAGAUGGAAUGGCACACAACGAAGCACGGUUGCUGGUUAACUGCUGCGACAUACUGGGGUUUUUUCAAGAAUCAACAUGGUAUUACUAUUACCAACUUUCUAAAUCACGAUGGACUGGUUCCCGGGUUUGGUCACUGGACAAUUCUCUUCUUUUUGUACACCGAUCGGGCGGUAGUGCGCGCACUGGGCUGGUCCCAGGUGGCAUAUCAACGUUUCGGCAAAACGGGGGAGGCGGAUGCGGGAGAGUGAAGAAGAAAAUGGGAGGAUGCAGAGUUUGGAAAGAUGAAGAACGAGUCGAGUUGAUGGGAUGUAUAGCGUAUAGUGGAAAACAUCGAAAUACGAUAAUGUCUGGUGUUUAAAUUGACCAUUUCUACUUACC